UCUGAAUUGCUGCAUGGAAUAAACAAGUUGUUGUGUGGGUACAGGUAUUUUAGGAUUUUAUUGUAUCUCAAUGAGAUAAGCUUACGUUAUAAUAAUUAUAAUAUAUGCACACGUAUUUGAUAAAAUUGAUUGUUAAAUUGAGUGACGAGUACACUUGGCAGAUUAAUUUGAAGUUUUCAGGGUAACGGGAAAAUAAAAUAGAUGAGCAAUGGCCCAAAGUGCUGCUCUUUUAACACGCCUAGUGGCAUCUACUGUACCAAUAGCUACAAAAGCUGGUCAAAUUGUGCGAGAUGUCAUGAGCAGAGGAGAACUUAAUAUUGUAGAUAAAGGAAAAAAUGAUUUUCAAACUGAAGCGGAUAGAUCAGCCCAGAGAUGUAUUAUAUCUUCUCUAAAUAAGCAAUUCCCAGAAAUUACAAUUAUAAGUGAAGAAGAGAAAUCAAACUGUGAAGUUCCUUCAGAUUGGAUCAUCACAGAUAUGGAUCAGGAAGUACUGAAUUUAAGUCUUCCACCACAUUUAGAAAACGUUGAUCUCAAAGAUUUGUGUGUCUGGGUAGAUCCUCUGGAUGGAACUGCAGAGUACACUCAAGGUCUUGUUGAGCACGUGACAGUUUUAGUGGGUAUUGCUGUUGGAGACAAAGCCAUUGGAGGUGUGAUACAUCAGCCAUAUUUCAAGAAUCCAGAUACUGGUUCUUGGGGAAGGACUAUUUGGGGAAUCGAAGGUGUAGGAGUUGGAGGAUUCACACCUACUCCACCUCCAAAAGGAAAAAGAAUCAUUACUACCACACGUUCACAUAGUGACAGCACUGUUGAAGCUGCUCUGAACGCGUUAGAGCCUGAUGAAAUUUUAAAAGUUGGUGGUGCUGGUCACAAGGUCAUGCUGUUGUUAGAUGGAAAAGCUCAUGCAUAUGUUUUUGCUAGUGGAGGCAGCAAAAAAUGGGAUACUUGUGCUCCAGAGGCAGUUCUUCAUGCUGUAGGAGGUACUUUAACAGAUAUGCAUGGAGAUAGAUAUUCAUACAAUCCCAAGAUAAGUUAUCCCAAUAAGAGAGGGGUAUUAGCUACUGCUCCCGGGGAACAGCAUAGUUGGUAUUUAACACGCAUUCCAGACGACAUAAAGCAGAGAUUAGUAUAAAGAUGAAUUACACCUU